AUGGCGACUGACACAGCAGCUGCGGCCGACGGCGCCAGCACAACAACUCUACCCUUGCGCAGGCAUCACAACCAGACCGAGUUCGAGUACGUCAUCCUCCCCUCUGUACUCCUCCCCACCUACCAGCCUAACCCCCCCGGUAGCAUCGUAUCGACGUACCGAAACCUCCUCGCGCAGGAUCCCGACCUGACCAAGCCCGUCGCCGCCAUCGAGUCCCUCAUCGAGCUGCUCAACUCGGUGCCCUCGACCACCGUCUUCGAGACCCUCGACACGGUCAAGGCGCACUGCGACCGCCUCAAGGCCUCAGUCGAGAACCCCGUUCCCCUCACCGCCGGCACCGACCUCUUCCUGCAGUACCUCGUCGCCUCCCUCAAAGCACCCCAAAACGGCAGCAGCGGCGCCGGCACCAGCUUCGACGCCGUCCGCCAGCACCUACUGCGCAACGGGCGGCUCUUCGCCGCGCGGGCCGUCGCCGCCCGCGCGGGCGUCGCCGAAGCCGGCUUCCGCUUCAUCACCGAGGGCAAGGCCGUGCUGACCCACGGCAACUCGCGCUCCGUGCUGGCCGUGCUGGAGCGCGCCGCCCGCAACGGGCCGGGCAAGUUCCGCGUCAUCUACGUGCGCGACUCGGCGCGCGCCGAGGAGAGCGACGCGGUGGUCGGGCAGCUCCGCGGCAAGGGCAUCCCCGUGGCGGAGAUCCCGGGCGCGGCGGUCGGUCACGCGAUGGGGCUGCUGCGCCAGGUGGACAUGGUGCUGGUCGGCGCGGAGGCGGUGGCGCAGAACGGCGGCAUCAUCUCGAGGAUAGGCACGUUCCAGAUUGCGCAGCUGGCGAGCCGCGCGCACGUGCCGUUCUACGUGGCGGCGGAGACGCACAAGUUUGCGCGCAAGUUCCCGCUGGACCAGCGCGACAUUGGCUUUGAGCAGCACGUCCUCGACUUUACCACCGAGGGGCCGAGCAAGCAGCCGGUGGACGCUGUCGAUUACACUCCCCCCGAACUCAUCUCGAACCUCAUCACCGAAAACGGCGUCCACCUACCGAGCUACGUGUUCGAACAGCUACUGGAGAUUUACGGCAGCUUGAAUAGCUGA